AUGGGACGACAGCAGAAGGUCAGCGACAUCGCUUUAGAGUUCUGUAGCGAGACGAGUUUCCACGCCAUCAAGUUCUUCACGAAAGAGAGAUUUUCCCCGAUCAAAAGGGUAUUCUGGAUACUGUGCUGGAUAGCGUCGUUGACUGCCUGCAUUUACUGCAUCGCCAUCAACGUCACGGAAUACCAAACGACCUCGACCAUCACCACCAUCGACUCCACGACAUACCCCGUCAAACGGCUGAGCUUCCCCUCAGCUACCUUCUGCAACUUCAACUACAUCAUGCAGAGUCGAAACCCGCCCAAACAGGAAGACGUUCUCGGCAGGUAUUCUCUGUUAGAGUCACCAUCAACCCACCUCGGCCUUAAUAGCUUUGCGGGCAAGGCCCGCCACGCGUCCCGGGAAUGGUGGGCGGGGCCCGCCACGCAUCCUGGGAAGGAUGGGCGGGGCUCGCCACGCAUCCUAGGAUGGGCGGGCGGGGCUCGCCACGUGUCCCGGGAUGAGUGGGCGGGGCCCGCUAUGCAUCCCGGAACGGGCGGGCAGGGCUCACCACGCGUCCCCGGGACGGGCAGGUGGGGCCUGCUACGCAUCCUGGGAUGGGCAGGUGAGGCUCGCCACACGUACCAGGACGGGCGGGCAGGGCUCGCCACGCAUCCUACAAAGGGCGGGUGGGCGAGGCCCACCACACGUCCCAGGACGUGCAGUCAAGGCCUAACACUUGACCCUGGGGCUCUGCGGGCAAGGCCCGCCACUUGUCCCAGGACAUGCGGGCGGGGCCAGCCACGCAUCCCAGGAAGGGCGGGCGAGGCCUGCCAUAUGUCCCGGGACGGGCGGGCGUGGCCCGCCACAUGUCCCGGGAUGGGCGGGAUGGGCGGGCGGGGCCCGCCAUGCAUCCCGGUACAGGCGGGCAAGGGCCGCCACAUGUUCCGGGACAGGUCGGCGGGGCCCACCACGCGUUCCGGAACGGGCGGGCAGGCCCGCCACGCUUCCCGGGACGGUGGGCGGGGCCUGCCACACGUCUCGGGACAGGCUGGCAGGGCCCUUCACGCGUCCCAGGACGGGCGGGCGUGGCCCUCCACGUGUCCUGGGAUGGGCGGGCGAGGCCUACCACUGGAAAAACUUGCUGAAAUCAACAUCUACUGCAAUGCUGGUUUCCAAAUUUAUGAAUUCAGACGCGAGUUUCCGGACAGUCAGUGGGCUGAGAUCGUAGGAGCGAUUUACGAAAACCUCUUCGGCGAUGAACCUGCAGUCACGAACAUCACGCUUGGGAGCAAAGACAUCAUCUGCAUUAUCAAAGAGAGCGCUCAGAAAUGCGAGGACAUGGUGCUGUUCUGCCUCUGGCAAGGAAUCCACGACUGCAAGCAACUUUUCCAGCUGAUUCCAACGAAAUUUGGUUUCUGCUGCGUAUUCGACCCACUGCCUGAGAGAUGGAAUCUGAACGCCUCCCAUGGCUGUCCCAGAGAGGUAGAGUCGAAGGGAAGUGGCCAGCAAAACCCGGCAAAUAAGUCCAGACAAGACCAAUCGAGCGUCUCGGCCCUGACCGACGGUCUGAAAAGGGGACUUACGGUGGUUCUAGACGCCCAGACCGAGGAUUAUUCUUACAGUACAUUCCAUUCGACGGGGUUCCAGUUGCACCUUCAGGAGCCGAGGCAGCCGGGACUCCCGGAGGACACGAUCGUCCUGACGCCGGGAAGAGAGUCUUUCGUGUCCCUCAGUGCUCAUUCAACGUUCACCACCCCCGCUGCUUUGGCCUUACGCCCCCAGGAUAGAAGGUGCUACCGAAGUUCGGAGAACGAUGGCCACUACACGCACAACGGGUGCAUCCUUCAACAUCAGACAGCUUACAUCCUGGCGGCGUGUGGCUGCAAGGACUUCCAUUCUCCAGGUCCAGGCGACAUUUGUUACAGGCAGGAACAAAUCUCUUGCAUGACGUCAUCCAGAGAUAAAUGGGACGCAGACCCAGCGCAACAGAACCUCCUGGAUUUCGUCUGUCUGCCCAGAUGUAACAAGACUUGGUACAUCGCUACUCCCAGCUAUGCAGAUUUCCCCAACAGAAACCUCAUGAAAAGCUGGUUGGGGCUCAGAUUCCUCCUUCCUCUCAUGGGAAAGCUCUGCAGGGAAGGAAGAAUUGAGCUGCACUUUGGACAGGAACGCAGCCAAAGCAACCGAACCGAGUUAUCAAAAGAAACAGUAGACAGGAUCUGUAUGAUCACAGACACUGAGGAACUGGAGAAGGCGUUAACUGAUUUUCCAGAUAUUUUGCAGUUUCUGCUUACAUAUAUCCAGGACAACGUUUCCGUGGGACACUUAUUCUUUGGGCACUCAGUAUCCACACUUUAUAAGCGCGAUGUGGUGACAACUCCUAGUCAAAUAGUCGCCAACAUCGGAGGACUUCUGGGCCUCUUCUUAGGUUUCAGUCUUCUAAGCGGGGCAGAAAUUGUAUUUUGCUUCUUCGAGAUCAUCUCCUCACUUGGGUCUUCAGUUUUCAAGAGGACGUCGAUAGUCCACAUUGAAGGAAUGAGCAACCAAAAAUCUUAAGUAAAUAAAAAGGAAGAGGUAAAGCAAUGCAUGUUCUCACAAGUUUU